AUGGAAGAUUCCCACAAGAGUAACUCUUCAGAGACUGCACCUCAGCCAGGUCCAACAGUUCAAGAAGCGCAUAUUUCUCAUAUUGCUCAACAGGUAUCAUCUUUAUCAGAAAGUGAGGAAUCUCAGGACUCAUCUGACAGCAUAGGCUCCUCACAGAAAACUCACGGGAUCCUAGCACAGCCCCCAUCUUACAGAAAAAUUUUGAAAGACGUCUUUUCUGAAGAUACUCGGGGUAGAAAAGGAGAUGGAGAAAACCCCAGAGUUUCUGCUGUGACUUCUAUGUCUGUUCCAACUCCCAUCUAUCAGACUAGCAGCGGACAGUACAUUGCCAUUGCACCAAAUGGAGCCUUACAGUUGGCCAGUCCAGGAGCAGAUGGAGUACAGGGACUGCAGGCAUUAACCAUGACAAAUUCAGGCAGUACUCAGCAAGGCACUAUUCUCCAGUAUGCGCAGACCUCUGAUGUACAACAAAUACUUGUGCCCAGCAAGCAGGUGGUUGCAUCAGGAGAUAUGCAAACAUAUCAGAUCCGUACCACACCAGUUACUUCACUGCAACAGACUGUGGUGAUGACAUUUCCUGUGACUCUUACGUCUCAGACAGCUAAGACAGAUGACCCCCAACUGAAAAGAGAAAUAAGGUUGAUGAAAAACAGAGAAGCUGCUCGAGAAUGUAGCAGGAAGAAGAAGGAAUAUGUGAAAUGCCUGGAACAUGGAGUUGCAGUCCUGGAAAAUCAAAAUAAAACUCUAAUAGAAGAGUUAAAAACUUUGAAGGAUCUUUAUUCUAAUAAAAGUGUUUGA